AUGUAUUUGCAUUACAAUUUAUUGAACUCUAUGGAAGGUUUUGUUCAAAAGGGUUCCAGUGAUUUUCGUUGGGUACUGAAAGCUCCUUGUUUGAAUGGGAUUAUUUCUCAUGAGGAUGACAAAUCAGAUGAACCCAAGUUUUAUUGUUUGCCGAUUGAAUUGACAACUUUGAAAGAGGCCUAUCGAUUGGUAUCGAUUCUGAGUUACGUAUUAGCGCCGCUUAUUGCCAGUCUUCAUACAUACUCACCUCCUGUUGCCCACCAUAUGUUUCGUAUUCUGUGUACUGCUAUAGAGUUAACCGAUAUACACGGCAAACAGCGAGCCUUAGAUGCAGUUUAUAAGGGUACUGACGCACUACUAAACUUGAGUUGUGAACCAGUUUAUGGAUCUACAAUAUUCAGUCAUAUAUACGUUGCUACCGGUUUUGUGGAUGAUUGUACAAGUUUGCAGUGUACGACUGUGCUUUGUUUACGUUUGCUUUGUAUUGCUGAACAACGUCUUGCAACUUCCAACCAACUGAGUUCUGAACACCUUCCUCAUCAGAAGUUGCUAAACACUAUCUGCGUUCAAGUACUAAACACUGAUUGGAUAAAGAAAUCCGAUCACCGAAAUCUUAAACUUGCUUUAGUAGAUUUUACUUCGUAUUACUUAUCUAACAGUCUUUUGUCGAAAGAGAAGAAUUCAAGUUGUCUUCACCUCAUUUCAAAUGUUGAUGAUGAACUGAGAAAAUUUCUUGAAGUUGGUGAACAUAGUACAGAUCCACUUUCACUUAUUAUACCGACUGAUAUGUUGGAUAUACAGUGUAAAUCAAUUGUCUCAAAAGUGUUGUCUUCCAGUGAUCCAGUCCAUAUAAAGGAGUUUCUUGAAGCGCUCAAGGUUAAGCACCCUGUUAGUGACAGUGUUACUCACGAUACAGUCAAAGAUUGGAUAGUUUUCACAAAGAUCUGGAGUGGUUUAUCGAAUUUUCUAAACCAUGUGGAACUGAAAGAUUUGAUCCAAAAGUUAUCCAUUGAAGCAGUUCACAUAGUAUUCGACUAUUUGACCGAAUCAAUUCACUUCACGCAUUCAACAUCAUUGGUUGAUACAAAAAAGGUUGCCAUUGUUUAUUUUGGUCUCCGUCUGCUAUCCAGUGCUGUUAUAACCAUUCAAGACUUCAGUGUUAAUGAUACAUCCGUUUUGAAGUCAUUGGUCGACUGGUUGAAGAAUUUGAAGGCAAAAGUGAAAUGCGAUGAGAAAUAUUGGAUAUAUUUGUGUGGAGCUAUAAUUUCAUUAUUAUGUUCGUUGAUACAUUGGUUUUCAACUGUGAAUGUAAUGUCUUCGGAGGAGUUAUCUAGCCUGAUAGUCGAUUUUAUUCUGAGCUAUUUACCACUGGAUGAUGCAAAAAUUACUCUUUGUUUAUCUGGUUUUCUUGAUGAUAUAUUGGUGUUAUCUGGGGAUGGAGGUUUCUGUCUUGCAGUCAAACAACACAUAUUUCUUAAACUGUUUAAACAAUUAAAAGCUGACCAGCACCUAACGAAAUCGAUGAUUCUACUUUUGUGUCGUUUGUCAGCUUGUAUUCUGUGCGCUGUUAACAAAUGUCCUAGUAAACCUUCAUUGUAUUGUACCAGGAACAGUCAUCGGGACUUUGGUUCUUCAAAUGCAUUAGUUUCAUCAACGGAUAACAAUUUGAAAAGUUUGGAAAGCUUGUUCCUAUUCGAACAUAUUGACUUCUUAUCUUAUAUGUUCGAUAAUUCUAAAUCAGAGAAAAUAGUUGAUGCCUUGAUGAAUGAUUUCGCUGUUUAUUUGGCAUCACACAUACAGUGGAACUUUUUAUCCAUUGAUCAAAUUCGAACGUAUUUGAUUCUUAUUUUGAAGAAUUUAUGUCGAUUUACACCACCUGUCGUUCGGAAAAUUUUUGAAGAUACAUCACAAAAUCUAUCCAAAGUAAAUUUAAAUUCAUGGAUAACUGUGCAUAAAACGGCUGUAGAAUUCUUAUGCACCCAGCUAAAUGAAAAGUCAGCUGAUUUGUCUGUUCUCACAUUAGCUGAAUAUCACAUCAUGAUAUAUGGAGCUUUAGGAUGUUGUCUAGCUAAUCGGUAUGCUGAUUUUAUGUUCAAUCGGAAGCUACAAAUUGAGAAUCAUGAGUUUUUCAGUGGACGUAUGUCUAGUGAAAUGCUUCCAAGUGGUUCAUCAUCUGUUACAUCUACUCAAUUGAUUGAUUUAUUUGUUUCGAUCCUAUCAACUCUGUGUCAAUUGGGUUUAAUGCAUCAAUACACGCAUGCAGUUUUCGGUUCUGUUUAUAUGCAGAUUCAGAAUCUUAUUUCACUACUUCGUUUGCCACGUGCUCAGGUUUUACGCCUUAGUGAUCAUCAGUUAGCCCAGGUGAUCGUUGAGCAUAUGGAUCAAUCCGUAUUUCAAACUAUGGAAAGCCUUUCUAGGCUUUUUCGUGUUGAAAAAAGAGUUUUAUAUAAAGAACUUAUUGCUGCUUUAUUUAUUGCUUUGGUUUUGCGUGGAAAUCAAGAAAGCCAUUUACGAAUUAGACAGCUUAUUUCAGAAGUGCCCUAUUUAGAUAGUAAAAAGGAUUAUGUUAGCAAAAUCGUACAGUUGUGUGUUCUCCCUGAAACUUUGGUGUACAUUUUCACACGCACAUCAAAAGAUGAUCAGGCUGUUCAUCUGGCGUUUCUAGAAGCUCAUCUCAAUAUGUCUAUAGAACGAAUUGCUCGACUGAAUGACAUCUCUCGUCUUAUGCAUCAGUUUAUUCUUCGAUUGUAUCCUUAUCGUGUAGGCACUUGUUUGGGUUUACGUUGGAUCUCAUCUCUUAUUCUUCCACAGUGUGGAACGCAAACUCCUGGACGUGUACCUGUUGGUGGAAGGAAUUUCGUUCUGGACAUUAUGUUUGCGGGAUACUGGCGUUUUUUUGAUAAUAUGUUGUUAAAUGAUGACGUUAUUCUUGAACAUCGUUGGACAGCUUUGCGAAGUUUGGUAGUAUUCAUACAACUUCUUGGUCCAAAUCAUGUCACUCGUAUGCGAGCAAAAUUCAUGGCCAACCUCAAAAUAUGCCUACGUUAUAAUACAUCGCCGUUUGCAAAAGUCGUCGUAAAGGCAUGGCGCAGCUUUAUACGUAUGUUAGAGCCAGAAUCACUCGAUGAAUUACUGCCAGAUUUGGGUGCUACUCUUGUUGGACUUUUGUCUAGUGAUGCUGAUCAAGUAGUGGAUUUAUUUCAUUAUCUUUUUUUAGAGAAAAGAGAACAACUUGGAGAUCGUUUAUCUUGCCUUUUCUUUCUGCCUCGUUUGCCUUCAUUGUUAACAUGUCAGCAAAUUUUGGAUGAUUUAUGUCCAUGGCGUGCAUCAUGUUUCACCAAUGAAAGUGGCCAUACAGAAAAGGAAAUGCAUCAACUGCUUUCAUCAUGGCUACCUGCUUUGACCCAUUCUAGCAGGUCUGUACGAAGGUUAACUUUAACUUCAGAAGUGAAUUUCGGAGCAAAUGAUCAGUAUGGCAAAGUUCUACGGUCUCGACUUUGGAUUUGCCCAACUUAA